GGAUCUGUCACUGGUCGCUGUCAGUUAUCAGUUGGUGCAAAACCGAAACGUAAACAAACGACACCCACGAACUGCCAUCAGCAGCAGCAGCAGCAGCAGCAGUCGAGCGGUGGAGCAGCAACUUAACCAAGUCCUUUGCCCCAUGUGAAGCAGACUAUCGACCAGAUUGCUAAACACUGGCACACAGUGCGUAUCAUAGUUGCGCUUUGUCACCGUGUGUGUGUGUGUGUGUUUGUGGGAGAUUCCCAUUAAACGUCGUGUUGGUCGUCGUCGUCGUCGUCAUCGUCGUUUUGCGUCAUGGCCACCAACAAGGAAAUGCAACUGGAAUCUUCACCAACGGAGAGCAAUAGCCAGCUGCUAAACAGUUGGAUGGGCGACAACUGGGCGAUCAGCCACGAUGAUAGCGAUACCCUGCUACCAAUCAUUAAUCCCACAUCGAUCGAGGAGCUUCUUCAGAGGGAGCAGCAGCCAUUUAAUACGGUCCUGGCGCUCUGGUUGACCAUAAAUGCGAUCAUUUUUGUUGCCAUUCUGGUUGGCAAUGCUCUCACAAUUGUUGCGGUGCGCACUUGCCGCAAUCUACGCUCGGUCAUAUCGAAUCUGUUCAUCCUUUCGUUGGCCGUCUCCGAUUUUAUUGUGGGUAUUGCUUUGCCCUAUCACGUUGCAUUUUAUAUGGGUAUCGGCCACGAUUUGGGACGAUUGCGUGGCCUUUGUUUGUUCCGCUUCUUCCUCUUCAUCUGCGCCUGCUGCGUAUCCAUAUUGACGCUGAUCUCCAUCGCCGUGGAUCGUUAUAUUGCAGUUAUGUACGCCCUGCACUACAGACGCUAUAUGACACGUCGGAUGGCCUACAUAAUUAUCACGUGCAACUGGUGUGUGGGCGGUUUGGUGGCACUGAUACCCAUCUUCUGGAAUAAAUGGUCCGAGACGCAGGGCUGCGAAUUUGAUGAAGUGCUGAUGCCCUGGUAUGUGGCUGGCAUCAUAACGCCCGGAUUCGUAAUCAUCUGGAUCUGUAUGCUGGUCUUCUACUGGCGCAUCAUGCGCGAGGCCUCCAAACAGGCGAAGCGACUCCGUCAAUCUGUCGUCUACAAUACGCAUAGUAGCCAUAGCAUACUGCAUCCGGAUUGGAAGAGUGUUCAGAUCGUUGUAUUCAUCAUGGGCUGCUUUACGCUCUGCUGGCUGCCAUAUUUCUGUGUCGCGAUUGCGCAACUCUUAAGCGUUUGUCGGAGCAGUUCGAUGAUCUAUAAGACAACCUUCUCGCUGGCGAUGGCCAACUCGGCCCUCAAUCCCAUCAUCUACUCAUGGAAGAACGCCGGCUUCCGACGUGCCUUUGCCCAAACGCUGUGCUGCAAGUCCGCCAGCUGUUGUCGCAUCGAUGACAACGAUCUGGAGCUGCACUUACCCUCCGACAGCGUCAAGCAGCGCAUCGAUAGCAACUGUGACUGCAACAGCAAUAGCAACAGUAAAAGCAAUACCAGCCACACAUCCAAUAGCAAACCUACCAAACCACAAACACAAUCCUCAACUCAGUGCACAGGAGCGCCAUAACAAGCAUUAAUAAAUCGAUCAGAUACC